AUGCUUUUUCGCAUUCAUCUUUGGGAUAGUUUAUUUGACAUUGAACCUAAUAAAACAGCACCUUUAUCAACAAAUUCGUUUGUUUUAUAUGAUAUGCGUUAUACUGCUCGAUAUUCAGAAUCAAGAAAUGUACUUUAUGUACCAGACUGUGAUCACUGGGGAGGUAUCAAUGAUCAGUUUGGUAUUACUGACUCUGCACUUUAUUCAGCUCUGUAUCCUGAUCGUGGUCGUCUAGAUGUAUUACGCUCUUUAUAUGCUUCUGCGCAUAAACUUCGAUUUCAUUUUCAUUCGGAAACAACACUACGAGCACGUGCCCAACAGCUGAAUGUUACCAUUAUCAAGCUACCGAUGUGCUAUUCAAAUAUUCGGUUGUAUCGACAACAGCCUUAUCUAUGUUCAUUUAUGAAACCAGUGGUAAAAACAGUAAAGGGAUAUGAAUGUUGUAAACAGUUCUGUAUUGAUAUUAAACAUCAUAUGCAACAACGAAAUGCAGCAAUGAACAAUUCUAUAACAUUAGAAGAAUAUACGAAGAAACUAGGAAUUUCACCAAAUGCCAGUAAUUUUUACUAUUUUCAUAUGAAAGAUCAAUGGCAUACUCCAUGUCUUCCUAUCGAAUAG